AUGCAUCACGCCGCUCCGUCAGUCCACUCUGGCGUUGGUACACGGCCAAAACGCUUUCGCAUAUCAAUUACCUACACAACUUCCAAGUCGCAUCGCCUAACGCCGCACCUGUCCACUUGGCUAGGCAGCCGUAUCGUGGGGCCGUACAAGUACUUCGAAUACGAACGACGAUAUCUGCAAGCACCGACGAACGCACGCCUAACACUCAAUCGACGAGCGGAAAAACAACUGCACAGUAUGGCAGCCUUCUUCGAACAGCUAUGGGAGUCCAUCUUCAUCGCGGGGCCGACGCCCACGCUCCUUAUCGCAACAAACGCCUCGUUCGCUGCGCUCCAGGUUCUUCUGUUCGUCAUGCUCAUUGCGACGUACAGCAUACACUUCGUCAUCCUCUCCCUGUUAUGCGGAGGUCUCUGGUGGUCGAUAAACUGGUUCGCGACGGAGCUCAAGGCUGCGCAAGCCAAGGAGGAGGAAGCAAAGCGUAUCCGAGAAGCUAGAAGGGGCGGAAAAGAGAAGGGAGGUGCAGGCGACGACGGAGACGGCAUGGACACAGGCGACGAUACGGAGGUGGAUACCGAGGUCGAGCAAACGCAAACUAUGAAGCCCAAGUCGAGCCAGCCUCGUGCGCCCCGCCCCGAGACACAAAGCACGGUGUUUGUGGAGAGACCGGGUGGAAGUGAGACAGAGAACCCAACACAGGCUGCUGCUUCUGUCGGUAGUGGAGGUCCUACUACUGCGAGUACUACAGGAGCGGCGACGAGUCUUGCGGCACCGGUAGACGAAGCACUGAAGAGAAGGAAGGGCAUGGGUGAAUCAACAGGUGAUCUAUCUACCGAUAGCGAAUGGGACAAGCUAUCGGAGGACUCAGAGGACAAGUGA